AUGCCGACUCUCGCAGUUACCAACUUCAAUAUCGUCUGCGCAGUCUUGGGAGGCUUUAUCUCGCUCUUCGGCCUGGUGUCGUACCUUUUUAAGGAGCAGUUCUAUCUCUCAGAAGCGCUGAUAUCGCUUCUGGCAGGUGUUGCUUUCUCCCCGAAUGCAGCCAACUUUAUCAGGCCUCUAGAGUAUGCUCAGGGAUCACAGGCGUCUUUGGAAGCAAUAACUCUUUAUUUUACCCGUCUAGUUCUUGGAGUCCAGCUCAUCAUUGCCGGAGUGCAGCUUCCUACUCGCUAUUUGUUGAAGGAAUGGCGAAGUCUCUCACUUCUAAUUGGACCCGGCAUGACUGGCAUGUGGCUCUGCACAAGUUUAAUUAUCUGGGCGUUUGUGCCGCAUAUUCCAUUUCUCCAUGCACUCGCGGUAGCAGCCUGUGUUACUCCUACUGAUCCCAUCUUGUCCAACUCUAUCGUGAAAGGCAAGUUUGCUGAUAACAACAUUCCGCGGCCCCUCCAAAGCAUCAUUGUUGCAGAAUCUGGUGCCAAUGAUGGGUUGGGAUAUCCAUUCUUAUUCUUUGCAUUAUACCUCAUUCGGUACACAGGACAUGGUGCACUUGGCCAAACAGGCGGCGUCCAAAAAGCUAUGACACUUUGGUUUGGAGAAAUCUGGGGCUAUACAAUCCUUCUAAGUAUAGUUUAUGGUGUUGCUGUAGGGUGGCUUGCGAAAGAGCUGCUCCACUGGGCAGAAAAGAAUAGGUACAUUGACCGAGAAAGCUUUUUGGUUUUUGCUAUAGCUUUAGCCUUAUUCAUUGUUGGUACAUGUGGUAUGAUCGGAAGUGACGAUGUUCUUGCCUGUUUUAUUGCUGGUAAUGUCUUCACCAUUGACGAUUGGUUCCGUGUCGAAACGAUGGAUGACUCCUUACAGCCUACAAUUGAUAUGCUCCUCAAUCUCUCGAUCUUCAUGUGGUUUGGCGCUGUUUGCCCCUGGUCCAAAUUCAUUGAUAACAACGUCAUUCCCUUCCAUAAGCUUUUGCCCCUAGGCAUACUCGUCCUUGUUUUUCGACGCAUUCCUGUAGUUUUUGCUAUGCACAAACACAUUCGACAGAUUGAAGAAUUUCGCCAAGCAGCAUUUGUUGGGUUUUUUGGCCCUAUCGGUGUCAGUGCUAUAUUCUAUCUCUAUAUCACACUGGAAUACUUAGAACACCAUAUCAAAGUUGAUGGCGAAAUACGGGAGGAUGCAAAGCAUUUGGGAGAGGUCGUACAUAUUGUAGUCUGGUUCAUGACAAUAUGCAGCAUUAUUGUUCAUGGGCUUUCGAUCCCACUUGCUAAACUGGUGUUCUACCUCCCACGUACCCUCUCAAUAUCUCUGAGCAUGAGCACAGAUCCCGAUCCGGAGCCUAUAAAUUUUCCAUUCCGCCAAUCCUUAGCUGCUUUUGCGUCCCGUAUGCUCCCCCCUAGCAUUCGGGGCAGGGCAUCAUCCAAGCAAGAUGGCAAAACUACGUCUCGCGAGCGCUCUCAACCCCCAAAGCCCGUGGUAUUUCGCAUUGGACGGCCAGUUAUCUCAAACAACGACAGUAAUUCGGCGGCACCGGGGGGGAAAAUAGCCCAUGAGUGCCCUCUUCCUCCGGCAGCUCCACUUACGGCAUCUUCCCCGUUACUGGGUAUUUCGCUACCGAUACGAGAUCCAAGCAGAUGCUCUAAUGACUGCGACAUUGAAAAUGAGGCUCUAAAUUCCUCACAGGCAGUAAACGGAUACGGGGCUCUGGAUGAGACACCCACUUUGCCUCGAAUCGUGGUGUGCCAGGGCGAUUAUGAUAUUUCCAAUGUUGUCACAAGUAAAUGA